UUCUUAACUUUCUGGGCUUCUCUCUUGGUGGUCUAAUUUUGAUGAGUUGCUCUGCUGGGAAAGAAGCCUUCUUUAAGCUUUCUAGAAUCUUUGUGAAGAUACACAGGUGGGUUUUGGUUUUGGUUGUUAAUAUGUCUCUGAAUUGCAAGUUUUCAAGCCUGAAUGGAAGAUUACCAGCCAAUUUCAAGUUGAAGAAGGGGAAGGAGUUUUCUCUUCAUGGGGCUAAAUCUAAUUGUGUGAGAAAAUGGGCAAAAAAGCUGUUGUUUUUCUGGCUUUUUGGUGUUGCAAUUGUGAGCAUUGUUUGGUUCUUCUUCAGCUUCAAUUAUGGGACUUUGGAGGGUAAAGUAGAGAUUCCGGGCUUUUGCCAAGAAAGUGCUCCAAUCUUGAGGACUUAUUUCAAUGUUAGCAAGAAUCAGCUUCAUUCUUUGGCUUCUCUGUUCUCCAAAUCAGAUCAGAUAGUAUCUCUGGAGUGUAGCAAAGAACCAACACCAAAGGCGAUGUUGAGUGACGGCAUUGCAUGUUCUGUCAAGGUACUGUGCUCCGAAGAGUUGGAGUCACCAACACAACAUAAAUGGAUUGUGGAAAACGUAAAAUCGACAAACCAAUGCCCUGUUCUUAGAGAAGAAAGCAUCCCAAGGAAGCUGUAUUUAGCCCUACUAAAGAAUAGAUCUGUAUCACAUGCUUUGCAAUUCAUAAUUUCAGCUGCUUAUCAGAUUCGUGGAAAGAAUCUCUUCCAGUCAGUGACGUUGGCAGACUGUGCAAGGGAGCGAUGUCAACUUUUGUGUUAUUUGAUAAGGGGAUAUUGGUGGGUCAUUGUUGGAGUUGUUUUGAGCUACAAAAUAUCUUCAAAAUUAUGGAGGAAAAAGCCGGAGCUGCUUCCUGAGCAAUCAAAUGGUUGGCAACAUAAGCUAGAUCUUGACCAGCACUCGUCCUGGCAGCAGAAGCUGGUUCAUGAAAGGCCUCCGGCUCGGCAGCAGAAGCUGCUGCUAAAACAGCAACAGCAAGGCCAUAGUCCUCCUAAGGGUGCUGGAAAAUGGAGGAAAAAACUUCUAAUAGUAUUCAUCUUGUCUGGAAUUUCCCUGUCAAUUUGGUUGUUUUGUCACUUCAACAGAAAACAUAUAGUGAGGAGAGAAGAAACACUUGCUAACAUGUGUGAUGAGCGAGCCCGCAUGUUGCAGGAUCAGUUUAAUGUUAGUAUGAACCACGUACAUGCUUUAGCUAUACUUGUAUCUACCUUUCAUCAUGGAAAAUAUCCUUCUGCAAUUGAUCAGAAAACAUUUGGGGAAUAUACUGAGAGAACAGCUUUUGAAAGACCACUUACUAGUGGUGUUGCUUAUGCUUUGAAAGUUCUCCACUCUGAGAGGGAACAGUUUGAGAAGCAACAUGGAUGGACAAUAAAGAAAAUGGAAACCGAGGACCAGACUCUAGUACAAGAUUGCAUUCCAGAGAAUUUGGAUCCUGCACCUGUUCAAGAUGAAUAUGCACCUGUCAUAUUUUCUCAAGAAACUGUCUCCCACAUUGUCUCCAUUGACAUGAUGUCUGGAAAGGAAGACCGGGAGAACAUUUUGCGAGCAAGGGCAACUGGAAAAGGAGUACUGACGUCUCCUUUUAAGCUAUUGAAGUCGAAUUACCUCGGUGUAGUACUCACUUUCGCAGUCUACAACACCGAUCUGCCUCCAGAAGCAACUCCAGAACAACGUAUUGAAGCUACUGUGGGGUACCUUGGUGCAUCUUAUGAUGUCCCAUCAUUGGUUGAGAAGCUUCUGCACCAACUUGCCAGCAAGGAGACCAUUGUUGUGAAUGUUUACGAUAUAACUGAUGCGUCGGCUCCUGUCAAUAUGUACGGUACGGACGUUAUUGACACUGGUCUUUUGCACAUUAGCCAUCUAGACUUCGGGGAUCCACUUCGCAAGCAUGAAAUGCAUUGCAGGUUCAAGCAGAAACCUCCUUUACCUUGGAUGGCAAUAAAUGCAUCAUUUGGAGUAUUUGUCAUUACUUUACUAGUAGGCCAUAUCUUUCAUGCAGCUAUAUGUCGAAUAGCAAAAGUGGAGGCCGACUAUCGUAUGAUGGUAGAACUCAAAGCUCGAGCUGAAGCUGCAGAUGUGGCAAAAUCUCAGUUCCUAGCAACUGUAUCCCAUGAGAUCAGAACACCGAUGAAUGGUGUUUUAGGUAUGCUGCAAAUGCUGAUGGAUACCGAUCUCAAUGCAACUCAGCAAGAUUAUGCUCAGACUGCUCAUUCUAGUGGGAAAGAUCUAAUUUCGCUGAUAAAUGAGGUUCUUGACCAGGCUAAAAUAGAAUCAGGCAGGCUUGAACUUGAGGAUGUGCCUUUUGAUUUGCGUGCAGUACUUGAUAAUGUUCUAUCGCUCUUCUCAGGAAAGUCUAAUGAAAAAGGAAUUGAGUUGGCGGUUUAUGUUUCAAAUCGGGUGCCUGAAGUUGUCAUUGGUGAUCCUGGACGCUUUCGGCAGAUAAUCACUAAUCUUGUUGGAAACUCGAUUAAGUUUACCAAUGACAAAGGACACAUAUUCGUUACGGUGCAUCUGGCAGAUGAAGUGAAAUGCCCUGUGGAUGAUAUCGAUGAAGUGCUUAAACAAGGAAUAGAUUUAGUUGGAGAUGAUUCAGGCAAAAAUUAUAACACAUUGAGUGGAUAUCCUGUGGUUCAGAGAUGGAAAAGCUGGGAGCGUUUCAAAAACUUAACCGGCACGACAACAGAUGAAUCUGAUAGGAUCAAAUUACUUGUCACGGUUGAGGAUACAGGUGUAGGAAUUCUGCAAGAGGCUCAAAGUCGCAUUUUUACACCUUUUGUGCAGGCUGAUAGUUCAACAUCAAGAACAUACGGUGGUACUGGAAUAGGUCUGAGCAUUAGUAAAUGUUUGGUUGAACUCAUGGGUGGUGAGAUAGGAUUUGUGAGUGAACAGGGUAUUGGAAGUACCUUUUCAUUUACUGGGUCUUUGAGAAAAGGAGAAACAAGUUCUCUAGACACGAAGUGGCAGCAGUGUGAUCCUACUGUUUCGGAGUUCCAAGGGCUGAAAGCAUUAGUUAUUGAUGAGAGAGUCAUCCGAGCUGAAGUCACAAGAUACCAUCUCGAAAGAUUGGGAAUAUCCGUUGAUAUAGCUACCAGCAUGGAAACAGCAUGCUCUUUUCUAUGUAGUGAUUCUUAUCUAUCUAGUGAUUCCAACGGCAGCUUUUCUUCCAUGAAUUUGGGAAUGGUUCUCAUUGACAAAGAUGUUUGGGAUAAGGGAACUGGUCUUAAAUUUCAUCAAUUGCUGCGACGGCGCAGACAAAACUACGCAGACACUCCCAUAAACCCUCCAAAGAUAUUUCUAUUGACCACCUCAAUUAGUGCUAGUGAACACAAUGUUAUCAAAUCUGCUGGUUUGGUAGAUAAUGUACUGGCAAAGCCUCUUAGAUCAAGCAUCGUAGUUGCCUGCUUGCAGGAAGCUCUUGGAAGUGGUAAGAAGAGGCUUGUAGGCCGAAAAAAGCCAGAGACUCUUGGGAAUUUACUAAAAGGAAAGCGCAUUUUGGUUGUGGAUGACAACAUAGUGAAUAGAAGAGUGGCAGAAGGUGCUCUGAAGAAAUACGAAGCGAUUGUUACUUGUGUGGAGAGUGGAAAGGUAGCAUUAGAGAAGCUUAAGCCACCCCACAACUUUGAUGCUUGCUUCAUGGAUCUCCAAAUGCCUGAAAUGGAUGGGUUUGAGGCAACGGAGACAAUACGACGCAAUGAAGAUGAGGUGAAUAAGAAGAUUGCAUCUGGAGAAGUAUCAAUGGAGAUGUUUGGGAAUGGAGCUCAUUGGCACACUCCCAUAUUGGCUAUGACAGCCGACGUAAUUCAGGCAUCAAAUGAACGGUGUAUGAAGUGCGGAAUGGAUGAUUAUGUGUCGAAGCCAUUUGAAGAAGAGCAGCUUUAUUCAGCAGUAGCACGUUUCUUUGAGUCCGGUUGAUGGAAGAUUAGUGAGUGUUAACUAACAAGGGGGUUGAUCUGCCACUAUAUUUGGGCUUGUGCAGUUGGAGGAGGGCCUAGUCCGUUCCGACCGCACAUUCUUAACUUUC